AACAUCAAGGCCUUGCAGGUCGCCAGAGCCCACCCGCGCCUGGCCACUGCCGCCAAGCGUCUCCUGGUCACUGGCGAAGCCUCAGCCCGGACGACCAGGAGGGUGCAGAGGGCCUUUAGAGGCACCCCGCUAGCGAUGGGGAGCAGCGCUUUCUUGCGGAACACCGUAUUGAAUGGCCUCUUCCUCAGCAUGGAUGUCAGCAGCCUCCUGAAGGACUGGCAGGAGCUGAAGCAGGAAGCCAGGACCGAGUUGGCGGACUUGCUGAGGGCCAAGGCUGAGGAGCAGGAGAGAGAGCUGGCAGCACUCACCCAGCUCUAUGAGGAGCUGCAGAAACUCUUGCAGGAAAAAAGCCUUAGGAGCUCAUCUUCCAAGGAAGCCAAGGCGACUCUAACUCAGCCCCCAGCCCAGCAAGGGGAAGCAGGACCCCGGGCCGCAGGUGAGGCGGAGGCAGGCUAACAGCGGCUCUGAGGCAGGGUGGGGCGGGCUGGGGUGGCAGAGACAAUGCCUGGGACUUGCUGGUGGAAUUCCUCCCUGUGCUCCGUGGGUCCCGGGCACUGUCAGCUGGCGAGUGCUGUGAAGGUGGAGCUGUCCUCUCUCCUCCAUUGCCACCCCGUGUCUUCACUG